AUGGAGAAUGACGACGAAAUGGCUUAUUUAUUCGCAAUCCAAAAUCAGCAAAAUCAAGUUUAUUUUCAACCUAACCCAAGAACUGUUAAUAAUAAUAUCAUAAACUCAUUUGAACUUACAGAUUCGGCAUUUAUUAAAAACUAUAGACUUACAAAAAAUUUAGCUAAUUCAUUAAUUCAAGAACUUAGUCCUUUUCUUAAGUCACCGAAAAGAUCUUCAGAUUUAGAUGUAUCAACAAAGGUUUUAGUUGCCUUAAACUUUUUUGCCACUGGUAGCUACCAGACUCCAGUUGGUAAUAGUAGAUUUACCUCAGUUUCCCAAAGUUCUGUGUCUCGUUGCAUUGAAGAAGUCACAUCUGCAUUAAAUACUGAUGAUGUAUUUGGGAAAUGGGUAAAAUUUCCUAGUAGCUUAAGAGAACUUAGAAAAGUUCGAAAUGAAUUUUAUGAGACUACAGGUAUUCAGGGUUGUAUUGGAUGUAUUGAUUGUACCCAUGUAGCAAUUGUGCCACCAAUUAAAGAUCCUUUAAAUGCUCAUUCUGAAUAUAUUUAUGUUAACCGAAAAGGAUACCACUCUAUUAAUGUGCAAUUGGUUAAGUAUACAUUUAGAAAGUGA